AUGCCUUCGUCGGGUUCCUACGCAAUGGUGCUGGACUCCACCUUCUCAACGGAGAGGCGAGCUUGCCGCUUCUCCCGGAUCCUGAUAGACGGUGGUAGCAGCAUCAACAUCCUCUACCGCGACACCAUGGAGAAGCUGGGCAUCAAACAGGGGCAGCUCCAGCCUAGCCGCACCGUCUUCCAUGGCAUCGUCCCCGGACUUUCCUGCUCUCCAAUUGGCAAGGUCAAGAUAGACGUCAUGUUUGGCGACAAGAACCACUUCCACCGCGAGCCAAUCUGGUUCGAGGUGGUUGACCUAGACAGCCCCUACCAUGCGCUCUUGGGCCGGCCCGCACUUGCCAAGUUCAUGGAAGUGCCGCAUUACGCCUAUCUGAAGAUGAAGAUGCCGGGUCCCAAGGGCAUCAUCACCAUUGCCGGCGACUACCAGAAGUCCCUCACGUGCGCCGCCGCUAGCUCCCAGCUGGAUGAGUCCCUCUUCAUCGCCGAAGAGAAGCGCCUCCUUGACCGGGUGGUGGCCAUGGCCAGCAAGCAGUCGGACAUGCCCACUGACCCCAAGUCCGCUGAGACCCAGGGCUCCUUCCAGGCGGCCAAGGAAACCAAGAAGAUCGCCUUGGACCAGGCGGACCCGAAGAGAUUUGCUGUCGUGGGGUCUCACCUCGACAACAGAUAG